GCUCGGCUGACUUCCGCUCUCUUUCUCACUCGAUCAUCGGCCAUCAUGGUAAGUUUUCACGUGUGAACUGUGCGAUUUCGGAGAGUAUUUUUAUCGUAAUCCUAAGAUAAAUCCGUCAAUAUUACGUAAAAGCGUGAAGAUUUUCGUAAAAUGCCACCCAAAAAGGAUACGAAAGGUUCUUCCAAACAACCUCAGAAAACUCAGAAGAAGAAGGAGGGUGGAUCUGGUGGAAAAGCUAAGAAGAAGAAGUGGUCCAAAGGAAAAGUACGUGACAAAUUAAAUAAUCAAGUACUCUUUGAUAAACCGACAUAUGAAAAAUUAUUAAAAGAAGUACCACAGUACAAAUUGAUUACACCUUCAAUUGUUAGCGAGAGAUUAAAAAUUAGAGGAUCUCUCGCCAGACGGGCUCUGAUAGAGCUUCAGCAAAAGGGCUUGAUCAAGCAAGUUGUGCAGCAUCACGCACAACUUAUCUAUACACGUACUACUAAGGGAGACGAUCCAGCAGUGUAACAUGUUUAAGUCAAUUUAAUAAAAAACUUAAGCUUAUAAAAAA